CGCGCGCCCCGGCCAGCUCCGGGUUGCCCUGGGACGCGUCCUGCCCCCGCGCCUCCGGUCCGGCCCAGGCGGCGGCGGCCACCUCUCCUUAGACGCAGGGACUCGCCGUCCAGUGCUCGGGCCGAGGAGCCAGCGCCGCCACCAUGCCCAACUUCUCCGGCAACUGGAAGAUCGUCCGAUCCGAAAACUUCGAGGAUUUGCUCAAAGUGCUGGGGGUGAACGUGAUGCUGAGGAAGAUCGCCGUGGCGGCCGCAUCCAAGCCCGCGGUGGAGAUCAAGCAGGAGGGAGACACUUUCUACAUCAAGACCUCCACCACCGUGCGCACCACGGAGAUCAACUUCAAGGUCGGAGAGGAGUUUGAGGAGCAGACCGUGGACGGGAGGCCGUGCAAGAGCCUGGUGAAAUGGGAAAGCGAGAACAAGAUGGUCUGUGAGCAGAGGCUUUUGAAGGGAGAGGGUCCCAAGACCUCCUGGACCAGAGAGCUGACCAACGAUGGGGAGCUGAUCCUGACCAUGACGGCAGACGACGUUGUGUGCACCAGGGUCUACGUCCGAGAGUGAGUGGCUGUGGGUCUGACAGAUGCCCCAGCCCCUCCCCGGCCCACGCUCCUGCUUCCCUGCCCUGUGGGCCUCCCUCCCCCUUCCUUCUAGGCUAGCUCUCCCCUCACCCAUGACACUCCCGGGGAUGCCUCCUUCAGAGGCUCUGCUUUUUUUUUUUUUUUUUUUUUUUGCUUUUUUCUUUUUGCCCCUUCUCCUCUCCCCUAUACCAACAAAGAGGGAUGGAUUGCAGGGGCCCAGAUCACCCACUUUGGAAUCACUCCCCUCACCCCCCAAAUAGGCAGUCCCAGCCCCAGACCAGCCCAGAACCAUCUCUUUCCGUGAGGGGACCUGAGGGCCUGAGAGGGAAAGACAGCCCUCUGGCUUCUUCUUUGUCCCUGUAGCCUAUACAGUAUAGAAUAUUUAUUGGUUAAUUUUAUUAA